AGUUAGAUGCUACAAUUUUAUACGUCAACGUAUUUUAGAUGUUUCGAAACCUUACGUUAAGGCUACCUUUCCUAACCGCUCUUUCCAAGUGUCAUUGAUCGGGAUAUACCGUAUUUGGUAAUGGUACAUACAUAUAUAAUACAGAUGACCUAGUUUUUAUAAUCAAUUUUCCAGUAAUGGCUAUAAAAAGAACAAAAAUAUAAUUGACCAAAAUACAUUUAGCUUAAUUUGUUUUCUCACAAGCACUACAAUGACGUCAUCAUCUGAUGAUAAUCACUUAGUUUGUCAUUUUGUCAUAAACAAGACAACUAAGGUUGCAGUAAGACAGCGUAAAGUGGGAUUACUAUAAAUAGACGUCGCUCUAUAUUGAUGCUUGUCAAUAAGCGAGAAAAGAUUAAUAUGAAAACGAUGGACGAUAGAUGGCGCUCUUCCCCUCCUUGACAAACUAUGUACUAUUUAAUCAGUUGUUACAAGCAUGCCCUGUAACCAAAAUGAAACACGUCUCCCCACGGAGGAUCCACAAAUGACUUGGGAUGACGCAACAUGGAUAUUAACAUCUUCCUUCAUUAUUUUUACCAUGCAAUCAGGCUUCGGUCUCUUGGAAGCCGGAUGUGUGUCAGCAAAAAAUGAAGUAAAUAUUAUGGUAAAGAACGCUGUCGAUGUCGUUUUUGGCGGCAUAACUUACUGGGCGUUUGGUUAUGGAUUAACUUUCGGUCAAGGAAAGUACGCUAAUGCAUUUUGUGGAGUUGGGAGCUUCCUACUUGAUUCAGAAAAUGAAAAGGAAAUGGGCAUAGUUUAUUCAACUUUCAUCUUUCAAUUAUCGUUUGCAACUACAGCAACAACAAUAGUUUCUGGUGCAAUGGCUGAAAGGACAAAAUUGACAGCUUACAUCUUAUAUUCAUUAACAAACACUUGGGUUUAUUGCGUGAGUGCUCAUUGGCUGUGGGUCGACGGAGGUUUCCUUCGAGAUCUUGGUGUUGUAGAUAUUGCAGGAUCCGGUGGAGUUCACGUCCUCGGGGCUGUUUCGGCUCUUGUUGCCGCUGUUAUGUUAGGACCAAGACAAGGAAAAUAUGACGGCGGAAAACUCGAUCCUCCUGGUAACCCCACUAAUUCGUUAAUAGGCAUGUUUAUGCUUUGGUGGGGUUGGUUAGGAUUUAAUUGUGGAAGUACGUUUGGUAUUUCCGGUGGAAAAUGGAUAUUGGCAGCCAAGUCAGCAGUCACUACAAUAACAGCAUCAAUGGGUGGUGGUGUAUCUGGAAUGUUGUUUAGCUGGAUAAUUAACAAGCGCAAAUUUGUAGUAACAGAUUUAGUUAACUCUGUUCUUACAUCCCUGGUAAGCGUUACAGCGGGCUGUGCUGUAAUUCGUCCAUGGGAAGCGAUUUUAUCAGGAUCACUUGCAGCAAUUUUGAGUUUUAUUGUGAAUCCCAUUUUUAAAUAUUUCAAAGUAGACGAUCCAGUUGGGGCUUUCGCUGUUCAUGGAAUUGGCGGUAUUUGGGGAAUGAUUGUUGUCGGUCUGUUUGCUGAUAUUGAUCCAAUCGAAGACGUAACUAGAGGAAGGGCUGGACUAUUUCACGGGGGAGGGGUUUAUCUACUAGGUGUUCAAAUUUUGGCUCUUGUUUGCAUAGCGGCCUGGAGUGCAAUGUGUUCAAUAAUACUUUUAAGUAUUAUUAAGAAAGCUGUUGGACUGCGAAUGUCAUCUGAAGAUGAAAUUCUCGGAGCAGAUUACACUGAGCAUGGACUUGUAAAAUUCGACAACGGAAUAGAUAUCAAACAGAAUAAAUCUCGAAGGAGAUCAUCAUUCGGAUUCCAAGUGUUCCAUGUAAAUUAG